ACAUAAUUAGUAUUUUUAAGCUUAAAUACACUUUCAUAACACUUACUGUUCGACCUUAAUUAAUGUUCAUAUUCAAAUACAUGGUAUUUACGUCACCUACUGGAGAUUACACAUACUGCACUGGCAAAUAAAAUCUCCCAAAACCAAUUUACCUUACUUAGUGUCGAGUUUUCUCUUUCUUUAGCAUUUAAUAAAGGAUCCUUAUUUUAUGUUAUUGUCAGUACUAUACCUGUAAAAUGAUGUUAUAUAACAGAAAUUAUGUGUUAAUAUUUAAUUUAAUUUCAGUUGGGAGAAUGUUAAAAUAAUGGACAUGGAAAGAGUUACUAUUAUGGCAAUACAGUCCAAUAAAAUGCGAUGUAGCCUGUUGUCUUAAUAAGAUUGGUUUGUCUUAUUUGUAAACCACAAAUGAUUGGUAGAUCUUUUCAAAACAAUUCCCCCACAGCAACCCUUGAACUAUAUUUAAGUCCUCAUGUCUUAGCAAAAUACUUUGCCUGAGAGACUUCGUCAGUUUAUGAUCACGAUUUUGGCUUUUUAUCAAAUUUGCUUGUCUUUAUCAACCUGUUUACAAUGUUUUUCUAUCCAACUGUGCUAAAUCAUCGGUCCGGUUGCUUUGCUACAAUAUGGUUGGCAGCCACAAAAGGAAGAAAAAUCAGUCGUCGAGAUCUGCUAAAAGUUAAUGUUCACCGCACCUGCACUGACAUCAUGGAUUACGUAUUGGUCAGAGUCCCGCCCCCCUCGGUCGGACUGCCCCGCCCCCGUUUCUCUCUGUAUCUCUCCUCUCAGCUGCAGUAUGGAGUGGUGCUCGUCUAUCACAGACAGUGUGAAUUUUUGUUAGAGGAUACCCAGGGAGCAAUUGACAGACUGCUCCGCCUCAGCCAAAAGGCAAAGAUUGAUUUGAUGGAUAAAGACACCAGGCAAAGUCACAUGUUGCCUGAUGCCCUUUCGCUGUUAGAUGAGACAGAAUGGGCGAGGGAUCCCUUCUUUGGAGUAAUGGACACCGGAUAUGGCCUGCCAAGCCCAAGCAGCCUCAUUCAGAUGGCUCAGCGAAUGGAAGAGGUUCAUACCCCACCAGUGCAUGCCCCACCAACAAGAGAACCAACACCACCCUCAGAUGGCAUCACAGCCAGCCAGGAGUUGAUCACUUUGACUGAAAGAGCACCAGUUACAAUGUCUGAACCAGAGUUUGAAGGAGAAGAAUUACAAGAGUCUAACAUGAUCGACUUUUUGCUGCAACAGACAGAUUUUUUUCCUGAAGGUGAACAAUUAGGAGAGGAAGAGAGACCACGGGAAACAGAGAGUGAGAGAGAGCAAAUUGAGGAAGAGGCAGAAGAGGUCAGAGAGCCGGAGGUUCCUGAUGAGAGAGAGCAAGAGAGAGCAGUGCUGGAAAGAGAACUUACACCAUCCAUCUCUCUAGAGCUGGCUCAAAUCACUGGCUUAUCAAGCAGGGAUGUUGUUCUACUGCCUGAGGAAGAUCUGAGUGUGCCUAUGGAGAUGCCUGUUUUAGAAGAAAGAGAAAAGACGCCGGAAUAUGUGCCUGUACCUAUACCAUCCCCUCUGCUUGAUGAGGAAGAAGAAACGGGUAUCGAGCCCAGGCGAGAAAAAAGGGUCCGAGAGGAGAGCUCUAGUCUUGAGCCUGCCACAGUAAGCCCUGAAUCACCUGAGGUGAAGAGGAAAAGGAGGAGACAGCUGCUGUUCAUUGAUAAAAAUUUAGUGAUAUCUCAGGAGGAAAUGAAGGCCCAAAUUGGUGAUGUGAAGAAAGAUACAGUGUCAUUGGCGGAUGUUCUCAUCAAACUGCCAUUGACGCCGGACCCAAAAACACUGCUCGUAAAACCCUGCAUGAGCCUUCCAUCUGAAAUCCUGACGCUAUGGAACAAAGCAGCGGUCAUAAAGCCCAUUCUUCCAUCCAAACCCCAUAGGGUGGUUCCAGUAGCAGAGGAGAUACAAGAGAAAGAGGAACAAAGAGAAGAACUGAGAGAGCUAGAGCAGGAAAGAGAACUUAGCUCAAAGGAGAUUCCCAGAGAAAUGGUAGAGUCUGACCUCUUCCAACAAGAAACUCCAGCCUCUUCGGUGGUUUUGGAGACGACAACAGAUAAGGAUAUUUCUCCACUUGAGACGCCUGAAAUUAGACGAUCGCCUGUUUCAGCAAUUCAGUAUGCUCUAGAGGACAUCCCAGAAGAGAGGGUUCCUGAAAUGAGACAGGUUACAAUGGAUAUUGAUGAGUCUUUGAGGCCACUGGCUCCUACUGAAGAUUUGGUUACCUUCCACUCUCUGCUGCCCCCUCAGGCUAGCCGAAGAGUUGUAGCCCAAAUGUUUUGGGAACUGCUAGAGAAAACUGUCGCAAAACAGGUCAUAGUGCAACAGGAUGAGCCGUAUGGUGACAUCAUCAUUUCACAGGAACAGCAGUCACUGAUUGAAUGAAAGCUGGUGAUGAUCUGCCUUUAUUCUCAGAAAAAAAAACAGGAAUGGUAGGAUAUUUUCAUGUCACUCAUUAAAUAAGUGUUCAGUAUUUUAUUUUAGAAAAAAAAAAACCACACACAACCGAGUUCUUAAAUUGUGAUGACAUUUUAUUUAUUGUUUAACCAAAAGUUUUAUUUUUGGUUGUAUUUGUUGUUAGAAUAUUUUAUACUCCAUGAUCAACAAGUUUUAAGCAGAAUUAAAUGAAAUGUAACUUAAUUUAUAGCUAAUUGUUUAUUUAUAUUCUAUCCAGUUUUGUGAUGAUAACAUUUUACAUUUCUAUUAUUAUUUUUAUAAAAUUGAAUUUCGUUCCCUGUGUUUUGUAACUAUUUUACAUACAUUAUUGUGGUAUAAAAUGUAUUUUCAGACACUAGUCUUAUAUAAAUAUGAAAUAUACUGCUAGUUUUAUGAAAUAAGGUUUAAUUUAAUAAUGUUUAUUGCAAUAACUGUUAACAUUGCCUAGGUGUUUU